GGUGUGCUGGAGCAUAUUGACAUUUUCCCAGCUGUAUCAGCUUCUACAAGCACUAUAAAGCCAGUGUCCAAUCCUCUGAGGAAACACGAUAGUAUCUUGAGUGCACAAUGCUGUGGAUCAUUAGUUGCCUUGCUCUUGUGGCAUCCACACUAGGGUGUGGAGUGCCAGCAAUUAAGCCUCAAGUCAGUGGCUACAACAGGAUUGUGAAUGGUGAGAACGCAGUGUCUGGAUCAUGGCCCUGGCAGGUGUCACUCCAGGAUUCAACUGGUUUCCAUUUCUGUGGAGGAUCCCUCAUCACCCAGUACUGGGUCGUCACUGCUGCCCACUGCCGUGUGACACCUUCAAGACAUGUUGUUGUCCUCGGCGAGUACAAUCGCGCAUCUAAUGCUGAGCAAAUUCAGAUCAAGUACAUUUCCAAGGCUAUCACCCACCCCUACUACAACAGUCAGAACUUCAACAAUGAUAUCACCCUGCUGAAGCUGUCCACUCCAGCUCAGUUGACCACCCGUGUGUCUCCUGUGUGCUUGGCUACAUCUAGUACCAAUGUUUCUGCUGGUACACGCUGUGUAACCACCGGCUGGGGCAAAACCGCUUUCACAUCAAGCCCCAGUAUUCUGCAGCAGACUGCCCUGCCCAUACUGAGCUUAGCACAAUGCCAGCAGUACUGGGGCAACAGGAUCUUCGAUUCUAUGAUUUGUGCUGGAGCUUCUGGUGUCUCCUCUUGCCAGGGUGAUUCUGGUGGCCCUCUGGUCUGUGAGAAAAGUGGUGUCUGGCAUCAGGUUGGAAUUGUGUCUUGGGGAACAUCCAAUUGCAAUGUGCGCGCCCCUGCAGUCUAUGCCCGUGUCUCGUACCUGCGUAGCUGGAUUGACCAGACCGUUGCCACCAAUUAGACUGCCAGCUGCUUCAUGGUGACCUAAAGGAUCACAUUACAGUAUGUUCCUGUGUUGGAGCAUACAUGGCCGUGGCAACAACCAAGGUUGCUUUCCAACAGUGAAGAAAUUCCUAAUAAAAGUUUAAGACGCAAACCA